AUGGCAGCGACACAGCCUCUCACGGGGGCUGCCAAACAACAUGCCAUUGACACAUCUGGUCUAAUCCACAAACAGCAAUGGCUGGUGGCCAGCUGGGUCAUGUGCGGACUCGCGCUGCUCACCGUCGCGGCGCGCAUAGCCAUGCGCUUCUUCACUCGUCGGAAACUUUUCCUCGAUGACUACUUCCUGCUGGUGGCCAUGCCAUGCGUCGUCGUGGCCACGAGCAUGCUGCAGUGGGGCGCCGAUGGCCUGUUCCUGUACAAGGCCGUGAUAUCCGACGUGCCUUUUGUGCUGGACGCCGCCGACCUGAACGAGCUGACGCACGUCACCAUCGUCACGAAUGUGUUUGUCGACACCAGUUGGACGGCCAUCUUCUGCGUCAAGUUCUCGUUCCUGGCGCUGUUCCGCGUGCUGAUCAAGAACGUAUCAACGCACCUGUCGCGGUACUUCUGGUGUGUCGUCGUCAUCACCGCCGUCACUUGGGCGUUUCUCGUGUCGGAGGCAUUCAUCCUCUGUUCGAAAUUCGGAUGGGCUAGCUUCGGCUGCACAGGAGCGGGCUCCAGGCUCUACACGCCACUAACCGCCGUCGUCACCGUGCUGGACAUCACAACCGACGUCCUCGUCGUCACCUUCCCCAUCUUCAUCCUCCGCCGCGCCCGAAUAGACCGCGAGCAAAAGAUCGGUCUGGGCGCCUUUCUGUCUCUCUCCAUCGUCAUGAUCAUCUUCGCGACGAUCCGCGUGCUCGGCGCCAUCCGCCUCGGCGAGCCGCAGCUGGACGUGACGUGGGAGUUGUUCUGGCAGCUGAUGGAGGCCUGCGCCGCCAUGAUGGCUGCCUCGGCGACUGUGUUUCGUACUAUCUUCUUGCGCCGUAGCAGUGCGCCGGUGCCGGGCCCCGGUCAUGCGCCGCUGCCGUCGGCGUCGGAUGGGCCGCGCUCGGGUACGGCGCCGGGGGCCGUGGUGCCGACGAUGACGGAGAUAAGGUCGUUUAUGCAGAGGGAGGGGUUGGAGGAUGUGGAGCGGAUAGGGUGA